GUGCUUCUUUCAGACACCCAUUGCUGUCUCUACCAUGUGUCAUCUUCCAAUAAGCACAACGAUUAGUAUAAAUAGAGGAUACUAGGUGAGAUGGAAUCAACCAGGGCAUUGUGUUGUGCUUCCGUUUAGCAUCUAGGCUCUAGCAAACCUGUAAAGAUGGAAUCCUACACAGCUGGAGCCAAGUUUGAUUGUUUGCUGUUUGACAUGGAUGAUACUCUGUACCCACUGAGCUUAGGAAUCAACUUAGCUUGCCGCAAGAACAUACAAGACUAUAUGCUGAACAAGCUUCAGAUUGAAGAGAGCCUUGUUCCCAAGAUGUGUCUUGAUCUGUACAGGGAAUUUGGAACUACAAUGGCUGGACUGAAGGUCUUGGGUUAUGAUUUCGACUAUGACGAUUUCCACGCUUGUGUUCAUGGCACAUUGCCAUACGAGAAGCUGAAGCCUGACCCUGUCUUGAGGCACCUACUGCUUUCACUGCCACAAAGGAAGAUUAUAUUCACAAACUCUGACAAGGCGCACGCCGCGACGGUUCUGAAGAAGCUCGGGCUGGAGGAUUGCUUCGAAGGGAUCAUCUGCUUCGAGACUCUGAACCCAUCGACUGAACCUGAAGAAGACGACUCUGACAGUACCGAUGGAGGCAGCAGUUCUGACAGCUCAGCUUCUCAUCGCAAGAGGAAGAUCCUGUGCAAGCCGUCCCUGGAAUCCAUGGAAGCCGUCAUCGAGAUCGCCAAGCUCGACGCCAUGAAGACGGUGUUCUUCGACGACAGCCCACGCAACAUCGCCGCCGGGAAGGCCGCCGGAUUCCACACGGUGAUCGUGGGGAGCUCGGCGGCGGUGGCCGGGGCGGACGUGGCGCUGGAGAGCAUCCACAACAUCAAGGAGGCGGUGCCGGAGCUGUGGGAGGCCGCCGGCGAGCACGUCCAGGCCCAGCUGGCCCAGGCCGCCGUCGACCUCCGCUCCGCCGCCGUCGAGACCACCGUGCUCGCCUGAGCUGCUCAGACGCCGUCCUCCAUGUCGCCGUGCAUGCUCCCUUUCCCAUGGUAUUAAUUAAUUAGUGGAUGAUUUUUUUUUCCUCAAUGACACUAGCUUACUGCAAAAAUCAAGAGAGGGAGGAAGACGGUGAAAAAUGGCGUGAGGUGUACUCGGUGAUUUGUGUGAUGAAUGAACCUGUCAUGUAAUGAACUACUGAUGUGAAUGAAUGAAUGGAUCAAUAAGAAUUGCCUCAUUUGUGAA